AUGACAGAUUAUAUUAUCAAGAACUAUAAUGACUGGUACCGACUUACCACGACGAGGAUUGGUUUGACAGUCGACAAGGGAGAUAUCGUAUUCAUUAGUGGGUGGGUCAAGGCUUCGGAAUGGCUUAUCGGCACGAUUGUUAGUGGAGGCCACUCCGCUAAGCUCUCCAUCCAAGCUGGGACUGAUUCCGUCGCUAACGCUUCCUUUUCAAUUUCUGGAACCGAGACGCAUGCUCGAUGCUGGAUCGAGCGAAGGAGUGCGUACAGUACUAAACCGGAGAUCGACGAUGCGGCAUUGGGGCACGAUAUAGGGCACGACGUAGGGAAUAGGAAAAGGCAGAAGAAGACAAAAAAAGGGAAGCAGAGAGCUGAGGAGGCGACACCCACACCCGUACUCAACCAGUGCAUUUUUAUGCAUUACUACAAGGUCAGGCGCCGCUUCUUGAUACCACAGGUAAUCAGGGCUGCUGCUGGUCCGUCUGAGCUACCUUGGUCUCCGCGGGACGAUGGCGAUGACAGUGAUGGUGCAUGGGCAAUGGAGACGUCAGAAGAUUCCCUCGAGAUGGUACCUGCAGUGGAAGCUUCGUACGACCCAGUGUGCGACGUCCUGGACUAUAUACUUGAUAACUCCACAGCACAAGUUGCGAUUGCAAAUACGAUGAACGUUGCCGAGCUGCAGGACAGCGCUGCAAUUCGUGGCAUGGUGGAGGGAAACGUUCGACGCAUACUCGAUUAUCUAAGACCAACCAUCGUUUUCAAACAGACUGGAGUUGAGAUGCUUAGUUUCACUGGCAAAGUCGACCAGGAAGAACUCUUCGGAGACCUAGGCGACACGAUGACCCCAAAGCGAACGGCAAACGCCACUGGGUGGCCAAGUUGGUCAUCCGGUUCGCGCAAACCACAGUUGUCCGGCGCACUGAGCACGUCAAUGCCAACCCCAUCGCAGGAUUCGAACGUCCAGAGCUUGAUGCCCUCAGUCUAUAGCAGAGAUCGUCCGCUCAUCGCAGCCAACCCGGAUCCUUCACGUUUAUUUUCACCCCUGAGCACGUCCCUAAUCUCACCAUCGCAGCAUUCAAGCGCCAAGAACUCGAUACCCCCAGUGUUUCCAAGAUAUCAAUUAUAUGCAGCAAGUCCGGACCGUUUCGAUGACUCGCCGAGCUCGAGUACAUUGUCGACCGUCGACUCAAUAUCAGUGCAGCAUUCGAACAUCAAGAGAUACAUGCCCCCGGCGUAUUGCGGUCCUCCAUCUAUUAUAGCUUACCCAAAAAUCUCGUAUCCUUACACUGCAAAAGAUCCCAUACACCUCCCUAGCACAGUAUCCACCAGCCUGGGAUCACAUAACUUCUCCAGCAAGCAAAGCGACCAUCGUCCGUCUCAGGAAUCUCCUGUUCGUCUGCUUCCUCUGCCACAGGAAGCACUUUCUCUCAGAAAGAUUUCUUCCUCGGGAGAUUGCGGUAUUGCAUUGGACGACACAUCUCCUGGCGGACUCAAACGUCACCUUCGUGCCUUCCAUCAGAAUGAUCCCAAUUAUGAUUCGGAAAGAUUGACGUCCUACUCAUGGGGAGAGGGUCCAACGAAAGAGUUUCGUGGGGAGGUCAUGAAAGCCCCGAAUCUCGCUAAGCACAUCGCAUCGGCUCAUUUGAAGUUGGAAGUUCUGUUGUCACGAUCCAAAUUGUGA